AUGCCUUGCAGAUGGAGAUAUUUGACCGUUUUUUGGGGGCUUCUUCUUCUGGAGGGUAAGUGGAAAACAGCGUCCGGACAGCUCUCUUAUUCCAUCUCGGAGGAGUUAAACCCCGGCACGCUCGUGGGGAACAUCGCCAAGGAUUUAAAUAUCAACGUGAUGGACCUGCAAACCCGUUCGUUUCAAAUUGUGUCAACCACAAAGAAGAAAUUCCUCGAGGCCAAUCUCAAGACUGGAGCGCUUUAUGUAAAUGAGAGAAUAGACAGAGAGGCGCUCUGCACGGAGGAGGUGAAAUGCUCCAUCAGUGUGGAGGCUGUCAUCAACAACCCGCUAAAACUGUACCGCGUCGAUGUCGACGUUUUAGAUGUUAACGACAACGCGCCGUCGUUCGCCGCAAAGAUGCAGGAUUUAUAUAUUGCGGAGAGCACGCUGCCGGGCGUUAAAUUUGCUUUGUCUGAAGCCAGCGACGCAGAUGUGGGCAGAAACGGCCUCGGCGCGUAUAGAUUGAGUCAAAACGAGCAUUUCUCAUUAGCGACGCACAAAGCGGGCGGCGGCAGCGGCGUCUCGGCUGAGCUGGUGCUGAAGAAAGCCUUGGACCGAGAGACGCUGCCUCGCAUCACAUUGACGCUGACGGCCGUCGACGGGGGGAGCCCGCCAAAGUCGGGCACCUCUCGAAUUAUAGUCCACGUUUUAGACAACAACGACAACAUGCCCACGUUUACGAAGUCUCUAUACAAGGCCACAGUGACAGAAAAUGCACCGACAGGCACGAGAAUCGUGACUGUCAACGCCACCGAUGCCGAUGACGGAUCGAACAGCCAGAUUGUGUAUUCAUUAAGAAGCAAAGAUCAAGAUCACGUGCUCGACGUAUUUGAAAUCGAGGAUCGAACAGGUGCGAUUAAGGUCAAAGGUCACAUUGACUACGAGGAAAAACGAGCGUACGAGAUUCGGGUGGAGGCCAGCGAUAAGGGCAACCCGCCCAUGUCCGCGCACUGCAAAGUUCUGCUUGAGGUGCUGGACGUCAACGACAACGUUCCCGAGGUCACGCUGACCUCGUUGAAAGACGUCGUGCCGGAGGACGCCAGCGUGGGGACGGCGGUCGCACUGCUGUCACUUUUUGAUCGAGAUGGCGGUGAGAACGGUCACGUGACUGUUCAGAUUCAAAACGAAGUUCCCUUCAAACUGGAAGCAAAUCACAAAAACUAUUUUUCACUGUUAGUUGCUGAGCCGCUAGACAGAGAAAGAUCGCCGCACUACAACAUUAGCGUCGUGGCCAAAGACAACGGAAGGCCACCUCUGUCCAGCACAAGGGGGGUUUAUGUCCAGAUCGCCGAUGUCAACGACAACGCGCCCCGCUUCCCAGAGCCCCUCGUCAACAUUUACGUCCAGGAAAAUAGUCCACCGGGGGCACUCGUACACAAAGUGGCUGCGCUCGAUGACGACAUUGAGCAAAACGGACGCGUGACUUACUCGCUUUUGCAAAGUAGCGGCCAGUCGCCGCCGCUCACCACCUUGAUCAACAUCAACUCGGAGAGCGGCGACAUCGUCAGCUUGCAGUCGUUCGACUACGAGACGCUGCAGACGCUGGAGUUCCAAGUUCAGGCCACGGACGGCGGCGUCCCUCCGCUCAGCGGCAACGUGAGCGUCAACCUUUUCAUCCUGGACCAGAACGACAACAGUCCCCGCGUUCUGCCGCCCUAUUCCGAGCACGGCUCGGCCAACGGCGAGAGCGUCCCCUACUCCGCCGAAGCGGGAUACUUUGUGGCGAAGAUCAGGGCCGUGGACGCCGACUCGGGUUACAACGCGCUGCUCUCCUACCAGCUGUCGGAGCCCAAAGGCGGCAACGGGCCGCUCUUCCGCAUCGGAAGCGGCAGCGGGGAGAUUCGGACCAGGAGGAGAAUGAGCGAGGAUGACCUGAAAAGUCACCCCUUGGUGGUGUCGGUGUGCGAUCACGGAGAAGCCUCCCUGUCGGCGACGGUGUCCAUUGAUGUGCUGGUGCUUGAAAGCACAGCUGACAUCCGCACUCAGUUCAGACAUGUGCCCAGAAAGGAGGAGAGCUUCUCCCGUUUGCACUUGUAUCUGCUCAUCGCCAUCGCGGCCGUGUCGCUGGUCUUUCUGCUCAGCCUGCUGGCUUUCGUAGCCUUCAAAUGCCGCAGACGGACGGACGGCGGCGCCCCCGUGAUUGCCGCCCACCCCGACGGGAGCUGGUCUUACUCCAAAGCGACGCAGCAGUACGACGUGUGUUUGGGCUCCGACACGCUCAAGAGCGACCUGGUGCUUUUCCCCGCGGCCUUUCCGCCCGCCGAGGCCGAACUGAUCAGCAUUCACGGAGGCGACACCUUUACCAGGACUCAGACCUUGCCAAACAGCGAGAAGGUAAGAGAAACAUAACUAUUUCUGUAACUGAACUCUGCUUAA